CCGCAACCACCGCAACCUCCGUUCCGUUCCCCUUCCUCCUCCUCCGGCUGCCGCUCCAUUGCCUCCAUUGCCUCUCCGCCCAGGCCCACCUGCUCCCCCCCGCCCCCACUCCCACCCCCACUUCCCUCGCGCGCGGCCGCGGACCAAACUACCAGCGGGGCACCACGGAGAGGACGACGCGCCUCUCUUCCUCCGGAUCCCCUCGCCCCCGCUCGCCGGAGGGGAAUGUGGCACCCGCGCCGGAGGGGAUUUCUCUAGAGCCCGCUCGGUUCCUCCGUCCGUCCAUGGUGGAGGGCAGGAACUGCCUUCCUGCAGAGGUCAGGAGUGGCAUCGAGACACUCAAGAGGCGCCGGCUUGAGAGGAUGCGUUUGAGUGCUCAGAACAAUGCCGGCAACAGUACUCUGGUGCCUGCAAGGAGCGGUGGGGAUGCGUUAAGGACUCCUGCAAACUGCGGGGUCAGAUUGCAUUCUAACAAUGUCACAGGUUUACCUGGCGGAACCCGGAAAAAGGAUCCUUUUGCAAAGCGCAGGGUGGAUAAGUUUGAUAUGUCUAACCUAGAAUGGAUAGACAAGAUAGAAGAAUGCCCCGUGUAUUGUCCCACCAAGGAGGAGUUUGAGGAUCCCAUUGGUUAUAUACAGAAGAUUGCACCUGUGGCUUCAAAAUAUGGAAUUUGCAAAAUCGUAUCUCCAGUAAGCGCUUCUGUUCCCGCUGGUGUCGUGUUGAUGAAGGAACAGCCUGGUUUCAAGUUCAUGACUAGGGUUCAGCCGCUCCGUCUAGCCGAAUGGGCUGAAGACGAUACAGUCACUUUCUUCAUGAGUGAAAGAAAGUAUACUUUCCGAGACUAUGAGAAAAUGGCAAACAAGGUGUUUGCUAAGAAAUACUCCAGUGCUAGCUGUCUCCCAGCUAAGUACGUGGAGGAGGAAUUUUGGCGUGAAAUUGCUUUUGGUAAAAUGGAUUUCGUUGAAUAUGCUUGUGAUGUUGAUGGUAGCGCUUUCUCCUCUUCUCCUCAUGAUCAACUUGGGAAAAGCAAUUGGAACUUGAAGAAUUUUUCACGCCUCUCCAAUUCUGUGCUAAGACUUCUGCAGACACCAAUUCCAGGAGUAACAGAUCCUAUGCUUUAUAUCGGGAUGCUCUUCAGUAUGUUUGCAUGGCAUGUGGAAGAUCAUUACCUAUACAGCAUCAAUUACCAUCAUUGUGGGGCGUUUAAGACAUGGUAUGGUAUACCAGGUGAUGCUGCUCCUGGUUUUGAAAGGGUGGCUAGCCAGUUUGUAUACAACAAGGAUAUUUUGGUUGGUGAAGGAGAAGAUGCAGCAUUUGAUGUUCUCUUGGGGAAGACAACAAUGUUCCCCCCAAAUAUCUUGUUAGAUCACAAUGUUCCUGUUUAUAAAGCUGUGCAGAAACCUGGGGAGUUUGUCAUUACUUUCCCCCGUUCCUACCACGCGGGUUUCAGCCACGGCUUCAAUUGUGGUGAGGCUGUCAAUUUUGCUAUCGGUGACUGGUUUCCUCUGGGUUCUCUGGCUAGCAGACGCUACGCACUUAUGAACAGAACACCAUUGCUUGCACACGAGGAGUUACUUUGUCGUUCUGCAGAGUUUCUGUCCCACAAACUGUUAAACAGCGACCCAAAACUUCUCGAUAAAUCUGAGCAUCCACGCUCACAGCGCUGUGUGAAGUCUUGCUUUGUGCAAUUGAUGCGAUUCCAGAGACACACACGUGGUCUACUUGCUAAAAUGGGCUCUCAGAUAUGUUACAAGCCAAAAAUGUACUCAAAUCUCUCCUGUAGCAUGUGUCGGCGUGAUUGCUACAUUACGCAUGUGUUGUGUGGAUGCAACUUUGAUCCAAUCUGCCUUCAUCACGAACAAGAACUCCGGAGCUGCCCCUGUAAAUCUAACCGGGUUGUCUACGUUAGGGAGGACAUACAAGAGCUAGAAGCUCUAUCAAGAAAAUUUGAGAAGGAUAUUUGCUUGGAUAAGGAAAGAAGUGGUUUUGACUCAUACAAGCAGGCCGAGAAGAAUGAACCAUCUUUUGAGACUACUCAGAGCAUCAGCAACACUGAAGAAAACUUGCUAGAAGAUGCCUUCUCAGGAGCAACUGCUGCUGAUGGUGUGAAGAGUUCUCCUGCAACAUCAACACUAACAUCUUUUGCAAAACACGAUGUGCCUGUGCGUGCUGAAGCAACUGCAUGUGCCAAUCAAUCCAACCAAGUGGACUCCACCAAGCGAGCCAUAAACACAUCUUUAAUCAAAGGGACCGAUGCUGUGGGUGCAAAUGCAUCCAGUGUGGCUGAUGCUAAUAAUGGAAUUGGUUCUUGUAAUGCCUCAGCUGUGGAAUACAGUGGAAAUUCAGAUUCUGAAUCUGAAAUCUUCCGAGUCAAGCGCAGGUCUGGUGUGUCUGGAAAAUCUGCAUCUGAUGCCAAGACAUCAAGCAUGUCUGAUCGACAGGUUCUCAGGCGGUUAAAGAAGGCGCGUCCUGAAAUACAGCAGGACAAUAAGCAACCGGAAGACUAUGGCCACUGUUCAGUUCCCUCAGGCCGUAUGAGUAUGAAAAACUUGAAUUCAUCCUCGUCAUGUGGUGAAGAACACUGGAGGAUGAAGCGGCGGCAGUUGGAGACUCAGCAGGAUGAGAGCAGUUAUUCUGCAAAGCAGAAGUCGUACUCGUACCCAUGUACCAGCUAUUCUUCCCAAGAAGAGUUUGCGGAAACGAGUAGAGAUGCUGGUGCAGAAGUCCGACCAAAGCGACUGAAAAUCCGGCUACCUUCUUCUAGUGCUAACAGAGUGGGUGAGCAGGGCAGUUCAGGGCAAAGAUUUUCAAGGGAUGACAAGUCGCUUGGUUGUUGGCCUGCAAUUUAGAAGAAUUCUGACGCAGAUGCAUGCUAACCUCUGAUGGAGAUAAAAAUUCUUUGUUUAGGUGGGCUGUUAACUACACGAAAUGAUAGAAGGAGGGUUGGGAUGGAUGAGGUUGAUUUGAUUAGCACAGAAGCUGACUGACUUUAGAAGGUUGGUUAAUCGAUUCUUUGUGCAGCAGGGCCUCCAAUUUGAGGCACAGCUAGGCACGGUUUAGAGGUGACACAUGAUGAUUCUUGUUGCUGGAGCCUGGAGGUUCUUGGGUUACUGCUUUGCUUCUGUUUGAUGCCUGCACUGCCAGUGACCAACACAGAUUAGAACCUCGCUCUACCUUUGACUCUAUGCAGCUGUAUAUCUUUGUAAUUUUCUUUCAUUUUUCUUCUUCUUGUCAGCAACCUCAGCUGCUACUCUUCGGCUAACUGUAUUCUUUCAUACGCUUGUUCCAUCAUGUUCAUCUGGUGCUUAAUAUCAUUGAUUC